AUGGGAAAGAUUCAGAACUCUGCCAGUGCUUCUAGUGCAUCGAAGAAACCUUUUGCUCCCUACGGUAAAAAACGAGAAGGCGAGACCAAUGCUGCCUCCAUCAUUCGAACAAGAAAUCCCACUUAUCCACAAGUAGCUGCCAUAGCUCCCGUCCAACCGAGUCAACAACAACCAUUUGCAAUUCCUGUUCAAACUCAACAACAACAACGGGAGAUAGGACCCCCACCAGCGGUUCUUCCUCCCGCUUAUGAUGCAAAUGCCCGCAGUGAAUUUCAUUCUAGCGCUCCUGGGCAUUCGAUCGAGAAUUAUAAAGCAUUAAAGUACAAGGUUCAAGAUCUUAUUGACUCUAAGGCAAUCACAUUUUCCCCCAAGGGGCCGAAUGUAAAUAAUAACCCGAUGCCCCCUCACAACAAUGCAUCAGUGAACAUGAUGGAAGCUGACAAUGGAAGGAGAUUGAUGUCCUGUGUGGACGAAACAUUGAAGUCUGUCAUAGAACAAUUAAUGAACCAAGGGAUCUUGGUGGUAGACUACCCAUCCACAAAGGAAGAUGUGUCUACCCUCGAGAUACCAUACGACAAAGUCCCUCCUCUGCAAAUUCCAUAUGACUUCUCUCAGUUAACUCUGUCGGCAAAUCCUGUUACUCCAAUCAAAAUUCAAGAAGAACCGUUAAAGUCUAGUGAUCCAAUGAUCAAUAUCACCGACACUAGCGGAAUCACGAGAAGUGGAAGGAUAUUUGCGCCGACAGUCACUCCAAUUGGAACUAUCAAUCCUUCAACUUCGGACAAAGGCAAACAAAUUGAUGGCGCUCAGCAAAGACAAGACCCCGCACCUUCCAAUGAAGUAGACGAGUUCUUCCGCAUUAUCAAGAAAACCGAUUAUCGAGGAUGCUUUGGCAAAAUUUCUGAGGACAACUCACGUACCGCAAGAGAUAUCUGUUUGUCAGUUGAAGGAGUAGUUAACAAUAUCGCCACUAGCUUAAGCUUGGGUUUCAGUGAUAAAGAGCUUCCCUCCGAGGGGAGGAAUCAUAACAAGGCUCUCCAUAUUUCUAUUGAGUGUGUGGACACAUUCCUAUCAAGAGUUUUGGUAGACACUGGGUCUUCCCUCAAUGUGAUGCCUAAGAGCUCCUUUGCUAAACUAAAUGUUGAAGGACUCGUAAUGAAGCCGAGUGAGCUUAUAGUAAGAGCAUUUGAUGGGACUAGAAGGACUGUAAUCGGUGAGGUGAAUUUGCCUAUGAAGAUUGGUCCCCAUAUUUUCCCUAUCACUUUCUUCGUAAUGGAUAUCUAUCCAGCCUACAGUUGUCUGCUUGGGAGGCCUUGGAUCCAUUCAGCUGGUGCAGUCACUUCGACGCUCCACCAAAAAUUGAAAUUCUUAGUUGAUGAUAAGCUAGUUGUUGUCGAGGGUGAGGAGGACAUUGUGGUAAGUCACCUCGCAUCUUUCCAAUACGUUGAAGGAGAAGGGGAGAUAAGGGAAGUCCCAUUCCAAUCAUUUGAAGUUAUCAAUGUUGAAAUGGUUUGCCCAGCAAGGGAUGAAUCAAAAGAUGCCGAAUCUCCAAUGGCAUCUCUUAAAGACGCCAUGACAAUCAUAAAGGAUGGACACCGCCAAGGAUGGGGAAGAUUGCUUGAACUUCCUGCCAACAAGGACCGCAUCGGUUUGGGAUACAACUCCCAGAAUUUGAAGAAGCCCGCACCGAUAGCUACAAGGGGAUCAGUGCUCCCGCUAUCCGAAAACUUCUCAAGUGCUGGUUACCUGGAUGACAACCGUAUUUAUGCCGUAGAAGAAGAAGAAGAAGAAGAUGAUGGGUUGAUCUUCACAAAGACUGAUGGAAAUGGUGCCACCAAAUGGACCGAGUUUGAAAUACCUAAAGUGACCUUGAUUGAAAUAUCAUCCUCGACAACCACCAAUGACAAUUCUGCUACAGUCCCAUACGACUUUGACAACCCGAUUAAUCAAGCUGAUGAAGAGUGUGAGAAAGAGGCCGAACUCCCAGAAGAAUUGGCAAGGCUGCUCAAGCAGGAGGAAAAAGUCAUCCAGCCGCACGAAGAAUCAGUGGAAGUGAUUAACCUUGGGAUAGAUGAGGAAGCGAAAGAAGUCUGA